AUGGAGCGUCUGGUGCAACCUGCUGGAAACAGAGACGACUGCCGACAGAGUCGGAGGUUCAAAACCUGUCAGUCAUUCCCUCGGUCCUUUGGCUGCCGCUGGCCUCGGGGCCCCGGGUUCACCGCAGGUCUCGUCUCCUCUGAUUGGAAACCUGCUGCUGAGAUCUUCUCCCAGCAGCCCGUCCUCCAGAGACCGUUUGUUGUAGAGACACGAGAGCUGAUCACCGCCUGGUACAUCGGCUUCUUGUCUCUGAUCCUGGCGUCUUUCCUGGUCUACCUGGUGGAGAAGGACGACGUUACCAUGGACAUCUCCAACCACGAUAAUCCCACUGCUCAGCCCAAAACGCAGGACUUCGACACCUACGCCGACGCACUGUGGUGGGGGCUGAUUACACUGACCACCAUCGGAUACGGGGACAAAACCCCGAAGACCUGGGCUGGGAGACUGUUAGCCGGCACCUUUGCUCUGAUUGGAGUGUCCUUCUUCGCCUUGCCAGCAGGGAUCCUGGGUUCAGGUUUGGCUCUGAAGGUCCAAGAGCAGCACAGACAGAAGCACUUUGAGAAGCGCAGACACCCAGCCGCCGGGCUCAUACAGUCUGCUUGGAGAUAUUAUUCCACCAAUCCAGUCAGGGACGACCUUAUUGCCACGUGGAGAUUUUAUGAAACCAUCAUCUCGCUCCCCUGUUUCAGGAAGGAUCACUUGGAGGCCAUUGCGAGUCAGAAGAUGAGUCUACUGGAGCGUGUUCGCCUCCCCAAUGCACGGCCAUCAGUUGGGAUGGGGAAGAAGCUGACGGGUAACGCCGACGCCAUCGAGGAAAGCCCCUCCAAGGAUUCCAAACCAGCUGGUUUCAGUAACCGGGAACGCUUCCGCACUGCCUUUCGCAUGAAGGCUCACACACUCCGCCAGAGCUCCGAAGAUGCAGCAGCCCUGGCAGACACUGCCUUAGAAGAACGGGGAUUCCCACCAGACAUCCUCAUGGAGGACAUGAUCCCCACGCUGAAGCUGCUCAUCAGGGCAGUCAGGAUCAUGCAAUUCCUCUUGAACAAGAAGCGGUUUAAGGAAACUCUGAGGCCUUACGAUGUCAAAGAUGUGAUUGAGCAGUACUCUGCCGGACACCUGGACAUGCUGUGUAGAAUAAAAUACCUCCAGACCAGGAUUGACAUGAUUCUCGCCCCUGGAGCCCCGCUCACACCGAAACAGAAGAAACCUACAAAAACACCUUUUACCUACCCGUCCAAUCAGUCGCCCAGGCAGGAGAACUUCCUUGCCAAAGCCACCCCCAUGCCAGAUCCAGAAGACCAAAGCAUGAUGGGUAGAUUUGUCAGGGUGGAGAGACAGGUGGAGGACAUGGAGAAGAAGCUGGAUUUCCUCGUGGACAUGCACAUCCAGCACAGUGAGCACCUGCAGGUGGACUCUGCCGGUGCCGCUCGCAUGACCUUGGAGACAUGCGACCCGACAGGAAAUGGCGAGAUCCGCCGGGUUUUCUUGAACUACGCCGAGGCUUUCCCGCACAUGUCGUACCAGGUGCCUGUCAGCAAGGUGAGUCCGUACUGUGGCCGAGGAAGAGGCGCCGUGGAGGGGAUGGGGUUCACUGGUGGAAGCCGAGUACCUUUAGACCAUCAACCGCCAACGUCACACCUCGCCCAACGCCACCUUUCAGCUGCCAUUCCCACCUACACUGAGCGACCCACGGUGCUGCCCAUCAGUUCCCUGCAGGACUUGUCAAUAGUGCCAUGCAGGACCACAGGGGGGCGGGGGGCUGACUCUCCGCUCUCUAUGCUAUCAGUGAAACUGGAGCGCUCGCCUAGUGGAUUCAGUAUCUCUGGGGAGCGGGAGGGGGAUGAAGGGGAAGACUUGUCGAUGGGGGCUAGGCCGGGAACCGGGGACACCACCUGGACAAGACCCAGGCCGAGCUACCUGGCGGAAGGGGAGACGGACUCGGACACAGACCCGUUCACGCCCAGUGGGGGGCCUCUGCCACUGUCCUCCACGGGGGAGGGGUUUGGUGACGCCGUGUGGAACACGCCGCCCUGA